GUCACCGCGCGGAGCGAGGUGUGGCUCGCCGCGGCUCACCCGCCGAGCAGUAGGAGGGGGCCGCCGCGCCCGCCCCGCCGCUCGCCGCCGUCUUGCAGCGUGCCCGCUCCACCCGCUCCGCAGUCCGACCCGGUCCAGAGGAAGGUCCAGAGGACUCUAGUCCAGGCCACCCCGGCGCGGCGGGGACAUUCAAACAGCGUGCCGACGACGACAGCCCAGUGAAGAGGACGAAAAAGUGAACCCCUUUGUGCAGUUGUCGGCCGUAGGUGCAGCGCGCUGCCGCGGGUGCAUCCACGCGUGCCAUGAGCCGUGCAGUGACGCCAUGAGAUGCGCUCCCGUGAUGCGGCGCCCAGCCCGCCGCCAGGCUCAUGGCCCAGUCGUUGAACCCAUAGCAGCUGCCAUGGAUCACGCCCAGCUACCGAGGCGGGCGGCGGGGCGAGCCGGGCGCGCGCUCCGAGUGGCUGCGCUGGUGGUGCUCGCCGCGCCGCUGCUGCUGCUGUGCGCGGCUCUGCCGAGGGCCGACGCCCUGAGCACGGUGUCCGCGCCUGUGGUGUCGCCGGGCUCCACGACGUCGCCCUCAAGCUCUGCAAACGGGUCAACCACAGCGACUCCAUCCACAGCCUCGACGCCUACUGCGGCAACGGCUGCGACUCCAACCACGCUCCCCCCUACCAGCUCAAGCGCAGAGAGCUCGAGUUCGGGGGCGAGCUCCAGCCCCGGUGCCAGCCCAGCCGACACCAACAAGGUGCCUGAGCAGCGUGCGGGGCCGCGGCCCCGGCCUUCCUCUGCCAGGGAGAGGCCGCACAUCGUCUUCAUCCUAGCUGACGACCUCGGGUGGAACGACGUCGGCUUUCACGGAUCCAAUCAGAUACCGACGCCCAACCUGGACGCGUUGGCCUACUCCGGCCUCAUCCUCAACAACUACUACGUGACGCCCAUCUGCACGCCGACCAGAGCGGCGCUCAUGACGGGGAAGUACCCCAUCCACACUGGCAUGCAGCACACGGUGCUGUUCGGGGCGGAGCCUCGCGGGCUGCCGCUGUCCGAGGUGCUCCUGCCGCAGUACCUGCACGCGCGCGGCUACGACUGCCGCAUCGUGGGCAAGUGGCACCUCGGCCACUACCGGCGCGAGUACACGCCCACGCACCGGGGGUUCCGCUCCCACCUGGGACCCUGGACCGGCCACCACGACUACUUCGACCACACCGCCGUGGAGAAGACGUACUGGGGCCUGGACAUGCGGCGGGACAUGCGGCCCGCCUGGGACCUGCACGGCCGCUACUCGACGGACGCGUUCACCGAGGAGGCGGAGCGCGUCAUCGGGGCGCACAACGCGUCCACGCCGCUCUUCCUGUACCUGGCGCACGUGGCGCCGCACUCGGGGAACCCCUACAACCCGCUGCCCGCGCACGACAAGGACGUCGCCAAGCACGACAUCAUCCCGGACUACAACCGCCGGCGCUACGCCGCGAUGGUGCACCGCGUGGACGAGUCGGUGGGUCGCGUGGUGGAGGCGCUGCGCAAGAAAAACAUGCUGCGCAACGCCGUCAUCGUCUUCAGCACGGACAACGGCGGCCCCGCCGAGGGCUUCAACCUGAACGCGGCGUCCAACUGGCCGCUGCGCGGCGUCAAGCACACCCUGUGGGAGGGCGGCGUGCGCGGCGCGGCGCUGCUGUGGUCGCCGCUGCUGGCGCGCCCGGCCAGGGUGGCCCGCCAGCUGAUGCACGUCACCGACUGGCUGCCCACCCUGUACCGCGCCGCGGGCGGGGAUCCGAGCGCGCUGCCCACCAUGGACGGCGUGGACUUGUGGGACGCCCUGUCCUUUGACCUCGACUCCAACAGGACGUCGGUGCUCCACAACAUCGACGACGUGUACGGCGUGGCCGCCAUCACCGUCAACCAGUGGAAGGUCGUCACAGGAGCCACCUACAACGGGACGUGGGACUCCUGGUACGGGCCCUCCGGGCGCGACGACCCCGUCCUUCGGCCGUACGACGUGUCGAGCGUCAUCGGCAGCCCGACGGGCAAGGCCGCCGCCUCCGUGGGCGUGCAUCUGACGCCGGACCAGGUCUGGAGUCUGCGCGAGUUGGCCGAGGUCAAGUGCGGGGCGGACAGCGACGGCGACCGCGCCGGCCCCUCGUGCAAGCCCCUCCUGGCGCCAUGCCUCUUCAACGUGGCCACGGACCCCUGCGAAAGGCGAAACCUCGCUGGCAGGUUCCCAGCCGUGCUCCAGCACGUCAAGCAAAUCCUUCACGACAUCAACGCUACCGCUGUGCCCCCGGGAAAUCUUCCAUGGGACCCCAAAGCGGACCCUCAGUUGUGGGACCACACGUGGACGAAUUUUGGCGAUUACGAAGAAAAUGCGAGAGCAGGUCUGUUUUGAGACGAUACUAAACGUGAGGUACAAGCCUCUACUCUUGACUGAUCCGUAGACAAAUGUGAUAUAAAGAAUAUAAGGAAAAACAUUUAAAAAUA